AUGAAAACGCCUCUCCUCUCCCUGGCCGUCCUGGCCUGCGCGUUCCCGGCCCCGACACCCGCCGAGUUCGUCACCUCUGCCAAGGGUCUCCGAGCUGAUGUGUACCACCUGCCGCCCGCACCGGUGGUGUACCAAAACAGCACGGCCCUCACGUUUUCUCCCACGGCAUUCACGCUGAUCCAGGGGUCUCGUGACGCCGUGCUCGUCGAUGCUCCCGCGACGGACGCCCAGGCCGGCAACCUGACCGCGUGGAUCAAGUCGACGCUCGGCCCCCGCAAGUCGCUCAAGUACAUCUACAUCACGCACGGGCACGGCGACCAUUUCUUCACGGCCCCGCUGAUCUGCGCGGCCUUCCCGGGAUGCCGCGUCGUCGCCAGGGCAGAUGUCAACGCGCACAUGCUAGAGCAGUACGAGGACUCCUUGUUCACGAGUUUCUGGCAGUCGUUAUUUCCGGGGGGGCAAAUCACCAGCACGCCGUUCAACGCCAGCUAUAUCCUCCGUCGAGGAGAAGCGGACGGGACGUUCAUGCUCGAAGGCCACGCCGUGAGAGCCGUCGAGGUCGGCCAGGGCGACACGUACAACAGCACGGUGUUGCAUGUGCCGGACUUGCAGCUCGUCGUGGGCGGCGACGUCAUCUACGGCAAGUGCCACCAGUUGAUUGUCGAGGAUUGGACGCCGGAAUUGAGACGGCAGUGGAUUCAGAGCCUGGAUCGCGCCGCGGCGCUGAAUCCUGCGUUUGUGGUCCCUAGUCACACGAGGCCUGGGGAUGGAUUCGCGCCCUCUCAUAUCCGGGAUACGAAGACGUAUAUUCGUACGUGGGAGAGGGUGAUGGCGGAGAGUAAAACGUGGGAGGAGUUGGAAGCGGGGAUGAAGAAGGCGUUCCCGCUCAGGGACGGGUCUUUUAUUCUGAGGUGGAGCAGUCAGGCGCCGUUUGGGGCGAGUAAUAUUGUUGCCUGA